GAAACGCUCGCGUGUCAGAAUGGGCAGUAUAGGCCGCUGCUGUGGUUAGCGGGGGCCUGCCGCUGCCGCUGCAGCGGCUGCGCCGCGUGGCGUCCUUUCGCGCUGCAGCGCUGGCUGCCGCCGGUGAUGCACACGUCGCUGCUGAGCUGCUCCAUGCCGGUGGGCGUGGUGGGGUCGGUCAUCGCGCGGCAGGCAUGCCUGGGCACGCUGCACGCCAUCCACCCGCUGCUCUGCUCCUGGCUGGCCUUUCGCCAGGCCCAGUCGCAGCAGCAGCCGGCCGCAGCCGCUGGCACCAGCACCAGCAUUGGCGCCACUGCCACCAGCAGCAGCCAGCGGGGCACGGCCGUUGCGCAAGAGCGCAGCUGGCAGCAGCUGUUCCUGUACGACGCGCCGCUGACCGAGCUGCUGGCCAACGCAGUGGACCUGGUGCUGGACGACCGGCACCUGGACCGCUGCAAGCGCCCGCCAGAGAUCCUGGCGGCUCUGCGGCGGCUGCACGCCAACAUCAGCGCGGUCUUCCUGAAGCUGGCGCCGCUGGCGGCGGUGGUGCUACCGGGGCGCGCUUGCCCCGCCGGCGGACCCGGGGCUGUGGCGGCGCGUGCAGUACGGCCUGGAGCGGCUGCACAGAUCGACACCCGCGACAUUCUGUUCAUUGUGGGCGGCGCCUUCGUGGACCUUGACCGCCAGAUGCUGGACACACGCGUGCAGGGCUCCAUGGGCUUUGGAAACAAGGUCCGCCCCGCCGGCACGGGUCGCCCGGGCGGCCCGCGCAUCAACGCCGACAUCCUGCUGGACGUGCAGCACACCGACCUCAUCCAGUACGGCCUCAUCCCCGAGUUCGUGGGCCGGCUGCCCGUGCUGGUAGCGCUGCAGGGGGAGGCGUGGUGGCGGACUGGGGAGGGGCGGGUUGUUUACAGCAUUGCACAGUAGACGCCAAGGGAGGGGAGCAGGGCGCAGGAGCGGGGUUAAGAGGCGGGCGGCGGGGCGGGACUUUGGGGCUGGUAGGUAGGAGCUGUGAGAGUGCGCGGCCUGGCCUGGCCCGCAGCGCGCAGCGUGCCGUGGGUGCGACAGCCAUGCCCAAAGCUGUCUCCAGAUUCAAACUUUGAUGGCAAGCUCCGGGCCCUACAACUACCAGAGGCCUGCUCCACCCGUGUGUUCAGUGGUGGGUGAUGCAAAUGGCACACACAUGUCACGGACACGGGCUGUAUUUCAUUGUCCAGACACGGCACGGUAGUGCCAUGGAGGCACGGCAUAUGUCUUGGUUUUCCUCUCUUGUGUAUUCCUAAAAUACGUCCGGGCUGCAAGUGUACCAUACCACCCAUUUGUUGUAGCCCACGUUUGUAGCCGGUGCGGCUGCGGUGUGGGGCUGCCGUCGCAACUACCUAUGAUGUAGUGGGCUGGAUAGUGCAAGGAAUCCAUCAGGGUGCUCCGCCGCCAUUGUGCUAAAGCAACUUGCCCCCCAAGUCGGGAUCCUGAGUCGGGGCAAUCCUAAAGUGUUUCCGGAAUUCGGACAGCUUAUUGCACCUCAAGCGCUGCGGAGUAGUGGAUGCAUGAAGGAGGGGUGGAUGCAUGGAGGCCGAACCGGGUUGCAAUUUGUUAGUGAGUAGGUAGAUGUGUGGAUGGCGCUUCAGGACUCGCGCGCCCCAUGCACUGAUGCACUGUAACACGGCGCUCGC